GCGCAUUCGGACCAGAUCGUCACAAACACCUUCCACCCUCCUUUCUCGUGAACUGAGAUUGAAUUGCCUUUCGUGCAACCAACACUUUUUGAUUCGUCCAAUAACUCUCUAAAAUUAAUCCAACAAUAUGGCCAUUCAUUUCAAAAUGAUGUUGUUGCUCGUCGCUCUGAUGCUGGUGGCAACGGCUGUGGCCAAAAAGAAGGUUAAGGGCUACUACUACCCAGUAUAUCACUACCCAGUGUAUCAUUACGGCGGUUACGGGGGCUACUCUAGCGGAUACGGAGGUUAUGGUCACGGCGGCAGCUACGGCGGCAGCUACGGCGGCGGCUACGGCGGCGGCUACGGCGGAUAUUAAAUUACUGGAUUCUCACGUCCUGACGUAAUUUAACGUUUUCAUAUUUAAGUGCUUGUAUACUGCUAAAGACCACAAUACGUAAUGAAGAUUGUGAAACCAUAUUCCAUCUUUAGUAAAUAAACCCGGCCAAUAAGUAAUAAUUGCGCCAUGCAAACGAA